AUGGAAACAAGUAUUGAUUAUUAUCGCUCACUUGUGAAUAGAAUUUGGUCUUUACCUAAAUUAAAUCAUUGUCAUUUUGGUAUCGAUUCUCCUACCAUUGUUUAUUUUCCAGGACCAACACACACUUCAUUGUCUUUGGGUCAUUUGUCGGUACAAUAUAUUGAUUUUCGUUUUAGUGAAUUGUCUCAAUUAAUCGACUAUACACCUAACCUUCAACAUCUGUCUAUAUCGAUUAAUAAUCGUUCAAUGAAUCGAGAUUUCAUACAAACUGCUCCAUCUAUAGUGUCAUUGAAACUCAAUGUUCGUGAUGCACCAUUUGUUUUCGCAAGACUUUUGCAAUAUAUGCCUAAUUUAAAUCACUUAACAGUCAACUCAUUGGAUACUUAUUUCGGUAAUAUAAGAAACGUUAUUGGGUUUCGUCUGGAUGAUCCUGAUUUUCAUUAUGCAAACUUGUGUGCAAAUAAACCAUCCAUUCAUAUGAAUGGACUCAAAUGGGAACAAAUUAUUGUUAACCAUUUACCAAAACUCAAAACAUUUCGACUGAAAAUGACAAUGCAAUAUUGGUCUAAUAAUAAUAAGGAAGAUGAUGUAGAUAAACUCCUUAUUUCAUUUGGAAGUCAUUUUUGGGUUAGAGAACGUCAGUGGUUUAUUCGAUGUGAUUGGAGUUCCGAACCAAAGUCACCUUAUAUAUGUCUCUACACUUUACCAUAUGCGUUUGACCAUUUUGAUACUCAUACCGCCUUUAUUCGGUCUAAAUCGACUUGUCCGAAUGAACAUGAUUAUUGGCUUUAUGAUCAUGUGUACAAUCUGCAUUAUGACUCUUCAUUAACCAAUAGUUCAGCAUUGAAUCGUGCUUGUUUUUCUAAUAUUCAUCAUCUUUCCAUUGACCUUCCAUCUACUAACAAUAUAUGGUCGGCAUUGUCGACGUUCGACCGUCUAAAUUCAUGUAAUGUAUUCAUUUUAAAAGAUGCAGUUAAGAAUUGUGAUCAAUUACAAAUGUUGCUUGAUCAAGCACCAAAUCUCUAUUCAUUAAAACUUACAUGUAAAAAUUUUCCACUUUCCGAGUUGUUAUUAUUGAAAAACAAUAGCACAUCGGUUCGUCGUCUGGAUUUAUAUGAAUAUGCCGCACAUAAGGAUUGGCAAUGCUUUAAUAGGAAGCAAUGUAUUGAACUAUGUAAUUCUCCAUUGGGUCGUCAAUGUGAAGUUCUUCGAAUUAAAGUUGAAAAUCCGAUGGAUGCAAUAGAACUUAUAUAUUCAAUGUCAAAUCUGAGAGCAUUAAAUGUUCAAAUUAUGAAUGAUGAAUGUAAUGUAUUGGAUUUUAAACCAUCUUCAACAGAUGACGAAGUUCUUCAAGUUUUGCAACGUUCUCUUGAUUAUAGCUGUGUUGCUACAAGAAAUCAAUUCGAUUCGCGUUUUAUUCAAUUGUGGAUCCGCUGA